ACCACGCACUCCCUCUCUCUCCCUCUCUCUCUCUUGCUCCCUCCCUCCCUCUCGUUCCGUCUCCUCCACAGCUGUACUGGAAAGCAUCACUGAAGACAGAAAUUUCCGCCACUUAAUUAAUUAGCUGCAUCUAGCGAUUUGCGCACCGCCAAGGGGGAUAUUAGGGAGAGAGAGAGAGAGAGCGCGCUCAGUACGUUGCCACGGCGAAGAGAGCAGGAGGAGGGAAGACGGAAAGGAGAUUUAUGUUUAUUUAUUUUGCCGCGCGGCGAUUCGAGUGUGUGUGUGUCCACACACAGGCUCUGUGGGCUGGAGCUGUGGAGCAGGCAAAAAGAAAUAAAGGAGGGAAAAGGAGGAUCGCUGUGACUGAAACAGAGGGAGAGAGAGAGAGACAGUGAGACAGAGGGAGAGAGAGACAGUGAGACAGAGGAAGAGAGAGAGAGACAGAGGGAGAUAGAGAGAGGGAGCAGAGCCGGAGGAGCGGAGCGUAAACAGCGGCCGCUGAGGGAGGGACCCCGCCGCAGAUCCGUUCGCGGCGCUAGCAGAAGGCACGGCCGCCGUCUCCCCGUCGACGCUUCCCGCCGCGCGGCAUGGCUCUCCUGUAGCGGUCUGAGCGUCUGAGCCCACGGCAGCGCAGCGGUCUGAGGAGUGAAGAAAAGCCGAAGGAACGCGGAACCUGAAAAAUGGCGGACGAGAAGGUCGGAGUGAAGAGCAGCAGCAGCAUCGUUCCCUGCUUCCUGUUCGUGGAGCUGGUGAUCAUGGCGGGCACGGUGCUCCUGGCUUACUACUUCGAGUACACGGACACCUUCCCCGUCCACGUCCAGGGCUUCUUCUGCUACGACCGGGCGUUCUCCAAGCCCUACCCGGGCCCCGAGGACCGCAGCCUGGUGCCACCCGUGCUGGUUUACUCCCUCAUCUCCGCCAUCCCCACCCUCACGAUUCUGACGGGGGAGCUCACGGCCUUCUUCCUGAAGGCGGAGGGGUCGCACGAGAAGACCAUCGUGGCGGCAGACUGCUGCUUCUUCAACCCCCUGCUGCGCAGAAUCAUCCGCUUCCUAGGGGUCUAUUCGUUCGGCCUCUUCACCACCACCAUCUUUGCCAACGCCGGUCAGGUGGUCACAGGAAACCAGACCCCCCACUUCCUGUCCACCUGCCGGCCCAACUACACCGCGCUGGGCUGCCAGUCGGCCAUGCAGUACAUCACCGAGCGGCGGGCGUGCACCGGCAACCCCCUCCUCGUCCUGUCCGCCCGCAAAUCCUUCCCCUCCAAGGACGCCGCCCUCAGCGUCUACUCUGCUGUCUACACUGUGAUGUACGUGACGCUGGUGUGCAGGACGAAGGGCACGCGGCUGGCCAAGCCCACGCUGUGCCUGGCGCUGCUCUCCAUGGCCGUGCUGGUGGGCGUGGUCCGAGUGGCAGAGUACCGCAACCACUGGGCCGACGUGCUGGCCGGGUACUUCACCGGCGCCGCCAUCGCCAUCUUCCUGGUGACCUGUGUGGUGAGCAGCUUCCAGUGGGCGCGGCCCCCACCGGUGCCCGGGCGGCCCCAGCGCCCUGAGUCGGUGCUGGGCAUGCCCAUGAUGCCCCUGCCCUGUGUGGAGAGUCCACUCGAAAAGUUAAGUGGCCCUCAGAACACUCUCCUCUCCCUUCCUCCUCAUCCCCAGAUUCCUACCUUUCCUUCCCCCUUCUCCACUCCUCUUCCCUGAUUUUUGUCAAACAUUUAAUAUUCUCUCUCUCUGCCUCUGUCUUUCUCUCUCCGUGCCCUUCCUUAAUGCCCAUUCUCCCUUUCUCGCCCUCAACUUCCUCUCCACUCUUUUUCUUGCUUUCCUUUCUGCCUCCUACUUUUCUUAUUCCCUUAUUCUAUCUUUUUAUCCCUCGUUCCCUCCAUUCCCCCCCCCCCAACUCUUUCACUGGCUCCCUCUGCUUUUCUCUCCCCUUCAUCUCUCUCACACGCUCUCUCUCCUCUUCUUCCUCUCUCUCUCUCUCUCUCUCUGUUUCUGGCCCUCUCCAGACUCGGGAUUCGGGAUUCACCGAGAUCACAUGACCAUCAGCCUUACCGGUUCCCCGCCCCCCCCGAUGUCCUCAUGCCGUCUCGCUUCAUUUCCAGCGCAGUCUAGACCAGCCGCCCGACCACGCCCACCACUGCGCCGCGCACCCCGCCGGGCGACACCCCCUUCACCGCUCGUACUCCACCCAGGUCUAGAUGCCCCGCCCCCUUCCCGGCUUGGCCCCGCCCCCCUCCCUGCUCAACACGCCGCCCCUUUCCCCGGAGGUCAGUUCGGCAGAGUCGCUGCCUCCGAAGGACACGCCCACAGAUCUGCUGUCUCAGACACGCCCACAGAUCUGCUGUCUCAGACACGCCCACAGAUCUUCUGUCUCAGACACGCCCACAGAUCUGCUGUCUCAGACACGCCCACAGAUCUGCAGUUUCCUCCCUCUGCUGUCCGUGGAACCAUUUUCCUCUUAGUGUCCUCCUCGCCGAGCUCUUUUUCCUCUUAGUGUCCUCCUCGCCGAGCUCUUUUUCCUCUUAGUGUCCUCCUCGCCGAGCUCUUUUUCCUCUUAGUGUCCUCCUCGCCGAGCUCUUUUUCCUCAUAAUGUCCUCCUCGCCGAGCUCUUUUUCCUCUUAGUGUCCUCCUCGCCGAGCUCUUUUUCCUCUUAAUGUCCUCCUCCAGCUCUUUUUCCUCUUAGUGUCCUCCUCGCCGAGCUCUUUUUC